AUGACUUCCUCAUUACCUCCUAAUUCCUCCCAUUCGUCCCCCUCAGAGCUCCACUGUCCCCUUCUGCAGAAAAUGAUCUCUCACACCCUGAACAAUGACACUCAAGUGAACCUGGCGGUGGUGAGUGUGCAUGGUGUGGUAUCCACUCUGGGAAUCCUGGAGAACGGACUGGUGCUUUGGGUGCUUGGUUGCCGUCUUCGUCGCAAGACGGUUGCGGCAGUAUGGGUUCUCAAUCUGGCACUGUCGGAUUUCCUAACCACACUAACUUUGCCAUUUUUCACUCAUUACCUACUGAAGGGCCACAGCUGGGAGUUGGGCGGCCCAUUGUGUGCAGCCCAGGCCUCCAUAUUUUUCCUCAACAUGUUUGUUUCUGCCUUCCUACUAGCUGUGAUAUCGUUGGACCGUUGUUUGGUGGUGACUAAGCCGGUGUGGACUCAGAACCGCCGCACUGUGUCGGCAGCAUGGAAGAUCUGCGGCCUAGGAUGGGCUUGGGCGGCGGUUAACACGUUUCCGUAUUUCAUGUUCGAUCCGAUGCUUAAGCAGGACGGCCGCAAACUUUGCUAUCAUAAUUUUGCACUCUAUUCCUCACAGAGCACGCUGCAUACAGACUGUAAGGCGCGUCAGGAAGUGACGGCAGUGUCCAAAGUGUUGCUGGCGUUUGUCGGGCCACUGGUGGUCAUUGCUGUCAGUUACGCUUUCUUUGUUUUAGAGCUGCAGGCUCGCAGGAAGAGGCUCGAGAGUUUCACGAAAAUGGUCGUCACGGUGAUCGCAACCUUUAUUCUCUGCUGGCUGCCCUACCACGUUUUCUGCUUGCUGGAGGUGACGGCUCUGUACAAGACAGGGAUUGUGGAUCUAGUGGAGGUGUCCUUACCUGUCGCAACAACAUUCACUUUCCUGAACUCUGUGUUGAAUCCAAUUAUCUACACUUUUAGCUGUCCAAACUUCUGCACUCGAAUCCGCGAAAGUCUAGGGGCGCUUUUUGAGGGGCUGGUGGAGGAAGGUUGGCCAUUAGUGCUGGUUACUGGAAGGAUGAAGAAAAAAUAUCUAUCGUCUCCCACUUUACUCAGCUUUCCAACCCCUCACAGAGUUCAUCGCAUCCAUCGUGACUCCCAGAGCUCCAUCAACUUUCUCGGCUUUAAAAGCUGUCCCACAAAUGAGAUCGAGAGAGAAGACAAAAUGUAA